GAGUUUGGGCCACAUUAAAAAAGGGCCACGUAAUGGCCAAAUUUGCAAAUGAUAUGCAUUUCAUAAUUUGGUUGAAAGGUGAAGACGACCAUUAUUUUAGUAUUUUAGAAACCCAAAUUAACGAAACAUUAUCGUUGGGGCUCCGUUCGUCAAUUUGGGUAUUUCCAAAACAAGACAUUAUGGACUAUUAUUCGGGGUUUUGUGCAUUGGUUAGGUCCAAGCUGGCUGACAAUGCACAAAACUUCGAGAUCAUAAUUUGUGAUCCAAAUCUGUCAGUAACAACUUCUAUGGUGGCAGGAAAAUGGCCAAGAGGCAGGGCUCAUCACCGGCCCUCGCCCACGUUAUACACACCUGCCCGUGACCAAGUCGGGCUUAUACGUGGGCGUGGCACCCAAUCAAUAACCGUCCAUAGAGGACGUGGUGAACAUGGUGGACGUGGUGGACGUGGUGGACGUGGUGGACGUGGUGGACGUGGCGGAGAUGGUGGGCGUGGCGGACAUGGUGAACAAACGUCCACACCGUCCAUGAAUAUUUAUACAAACGCAUUAGAAGCGCUAGGACGCACCAUUACAUCAAUUGUAUCAGUCGUUGAAUUGGCCACACAAGCCACAAAUCCACAACCCGCAACUACAAGUCCACAACCCGCGCCAGGGUCAUCGUGGCAUUACAACGUGAACUUUAGACGUGGACGGGCACGUGGACGGCCACCAAUUAUGUGCCACAACUGCAGGGCAUUUGGCCAUACGCGGAAUUACUGUCCUAACAAAUGAACUGCAGAAUUUUUUACAUACCUAAUACAUAAUACAAUUACCUUUAAUUAUUUUUUUAAAAUUAUUAUUUAAUAUUUUUUAUUUAAUUACAUAAUACAUUAAAAACUAUACAUAACUUUUUUUUUAUACACAAUGGUUUUAUUACAAUUUUAUUAUAAUCAUACUGAAAUACCAACUAUUAAUUAUUAUACAUUAUACAUUUAUACUCAUUGGAAACGUGAAGGAAAACCGAACUACCGAGCUCUCAUUCUCCAAAAUACAUAGGUACAUUAUAUUAUAUAAUACAUAGGUAAUAUUAUUAUUACAAUAGUAGAAUAACGCAUAACAUUUAAAUGUAUUACAAUUAUUAUUAAACCCACAUAGUUACCAGUUUUAAACUUUUGAAUGUCAAAAUAAAAUUGUAAUAAAUAAUAUCAUUGAUUAUAAAUACUAGUAAUUAUAUAGUACUUAUAAUAAUUAUAAUCAAAAUUCAACGAUAAUAUUCAUAAGAAAAACAAAUACUUUUAUGUUUAUUUAUUUAUAUUUAUAUUUUGUGUUGUACAUUAUCACUCAUAUCAGCUAUAGCAGUAAAGCCUAUAGUAUGAUAUUAUGUACUAUGCUCAUUGAGUUUAAUUAUAUUCUAAUUUA